CAACGCCGCAGGACCCAGGAGUCCUCAUCUUCCCUACAGGAUGAGCCACGUGAAGCUGGCCGUCCUGGGAUGGCCUGGGGCCGGCAAGACUGCCCUCACGGUGCGCUUCCUGACCCGGAGAUUCAUUGGCGAAUACUCCUCCAGCAUCGAAUCUGUGUACAGCAAGAACUUGUGCCACGACGGACAGCAGCUCCGUCUGGAGAUUUAUGAUGCCGGAUCCCAGCUCCAGAGAGGGAUGUUAUCCCUGGCCAACGAGCUCCUCUGGGCGGACGGUUUCAUCGUCGUGUACGACAUCAGCGAUAAAUCCUCGUUUGCCUUUGCCAAGGCUCUCAUCUACUGGAUACGAGACUCUCAGGGAGGUCACUGCAGGAGGUCUGUGGAGACAACGGUGCACUUAGUGGGCAACAAGCAGGACCUUUGCCACGCCAGGGCGGUGGAUCGAGAGGAAGGCCGGAAGCUGGCACUGGACACCAGGUGUCAGUUUUGCGAGUUGUCGACUGCAGACCAGGCCCAGGAGGUCCAGCUCCUCUUCACCAGGGUCAUCAGGGACGUCCUCGCCACCUGCAAGGGCCGGGACAAGCGGAGGCCCAGCGGCUCCAAGUCCGUGGCCAAACUCAUCAACAACGUCUUCGGGAAGAGGAGGAAGUCCGUGUAGACGGCAUGGCGUUCCCGACGCUUUUGACUACAGUGAGGGUCUCGCCGUAUCCUGACUUUUUCUUUUUUUCUGGUAUUUCUUAAGCGCUCACUAUGAGCCAGGCACGUACUGGG